AUGUCUUCAACUCCUCGUAUCGAUUUGCUGAAAGGGUCGCCUUCUACGGCUCUUCUUCCCACCCAGCGCCUAAGUGAUGCAGCGGUAUCGGCCUUGUCAAAGCCGGAAGUCGCAGUAACCGGCUUGGACUAUGGCCCGGAUGAGGGUCACUUUCCCCUCAGGGCUCACCUUGCCGAGUGGCUGACGGGAUACUACAAACCCUCUGAGCCGAUUCAAGCGGAUCGCAUCUGCAUAACCGGAGGAGCGAGCCAGAACUUGUCGAAUAUCCUGCAAGUCUUUACUGAUCCAUCGCAAACAAGGCACAUAUGGAUGCCGCAGGCGACUUAUCAUCUCGCAUUCAGGAUCUUUGAGGAUGCAGGGUUCUACCGGAGGUUAAGGGCUGUUCCUGAGGAUGAGGAGGGGAUGGACAUGGAGUAUCUUGAACAUGCUCUCGCUAAUGACGAGGCAGUUGCAGAGAGGGCAGAAGGAUACAAACGUCCGGAACAUUACAGAAGGAUAUUUAAACACGUCAUUUACUGCGUGCCUAACUUUUCCAAUCCCACAGGCGUCACCAUGUCUCUUAGACGGCGGGAAGUUCUUGUCCGUUUAGCUCGCAAAUUCAAUGCUCUAGUAAUUUGCGACGACGUUUACGACUUUCUGCACUGGUCUGUCGCUCAUUCUCCAGGUAAUGGGAAUACAUGGGGGUCCAAGAUCCCUCGCGUCCUGGAUCUAGAUCGGACGCUUGAUGGUGGUCCACGGGAUAGCUUCGGUAACGUCAUUAGUAAUGGGACCUUUAGCAAGAUCGUUGCCCCUGGUUGUCGUGUGGGAUGGGCUGAGGGAGAGCCUCAAUUAGUCUAUGGCUUGUCACAAGUAGGCUCUACAGUGUCAGGCGGCCCUCCAUCCCAACUCAUGUCGACCUUCAUUGACGAAAUGCUACAAGAUGGUUCUGUUACGAAGCAUAUAAGGGAGGUGUUGAUCCCAUCAUACUCCCGUCGACACUAUACUAUAGUAUCGGCGAUCAAGGAGCGACUAUAUCCCCUCGGAGUCGAGAUACAUACGGAUGCAAGUGAUGCAUUGCAUGCUGGAGGCUUUUUUGUCUGGAUCAGAUUGCCUCAGCCACUCACUGCUUGCAAUGUCACUGAUAGAGCACUGCGGGACGAGAAUCUGAUCGUCGGGAAUGGUGACAUCUUUGUGGUCCCUGGUGAUCAAUCUUCAUCUCAACAUCAAUGUUUGAGGCUUUGCUUCGCGUGGGAGCACGAAAGGGACUUGACCGAGGGAGUCAGACGGUUGGAGAAGGUCCUAGUCAGGAUGCUCAACGAAGUAAAGAGCUGAAAGAAGUUAAAUACUGCCGAUAGAUUGCUGAUCUGUAUGUAC